AUGAUCUUCAUCGCCGCUCUCUUCAACUGCAUGAAAGCGUUCCAGAGUGUCCUGCCGCUGUCGUGCUCUAUACAUGCCUCGUUCUACCGAGAGCGUGCGUCAGAUAUGUACAACGCGUUCUGGUACUUUGUGGGAUCGACGCUGGCUGAGAUCCCCAAUUGCUUUAUGAGCUCGCUGAUCUUGACCGUGAUAUUCUACCCGUUCCUUGUUAUGAGAUCCAGUCCACCGGCGUACGCCAUCCCCUCGGGCUACCAGUGGGUGUACGAGAUCUCGCCGAUGAAGUUUCCGCUGUCGUUCAUGGUGGCGCUCGUUUUCGCCGAUUGCGACGAGUUGCCGACGUGGAAUGAGACGACGAAAAAUGGAUGA